AUGCUUCCUGAUGAGGAGAGUCCUGGCGACUUUCCGGAAGGAUUGACGCCAUCUGCUUUGGAUGGGGUCAACAGCACCAGUCAACGAGAUCCGACCCUUUUGGUGUGGGAUUUUUCUCCUUCUUCCACUACUACUGAGAAUGACAGCAGUAAGGCAGAAACUCAAGACAGUGCCGAUCAAAGCGAUUAUGUGAAAAUCUACCUGAGAACGCCCAACCACGAAGAUGAAGACGAGGGCAAAGAAAAGGCAGCUACUACAGAUACAGAACACCACCACUACCACUACUCAGAUGUUGCUACUACUGAAACAACAACACAACAAAAGUCGGUUGAAAAAGAAGAAGAUGCCUGCCAGGACGCCUGUUCCAUGGCCGUUCAUCGACUCGAUAUGGAUACGUCCGGUUUGGUCGUCUUUGGAAAAACCAAAUCGGCCGUAUCCACACUCCAUCAAGUCUUUCGACAAACCAAUGACAAGGACAAGAAGAGCAAAAAGAAGAAGAAUCGACAACAACCCAUUCCGAAACAGCAAUCCAGCAUUCAAAAAGAAUACGAAGCUCUCGUCUGUGGACACUUUCCCGUGAAUGCCGGACACAUUGAUUUACCCCUCCAACGCGACGUCCAUCAUCCGCCCUUUAUGCGCGUCUCGACACCCUUUUCGGAAACACUGGCGCGCAAUGUCGUGGAUGCCCUUCGACAACGCAACUGGACCAACUUGUCCAAACGAAAUCCCAAACCCAGUCAAACGCAAUUUCGGGUCCUCCAACACGAGUUUUUGCACGACCAGCCAGUCACCCGACUCGCCCUGACACCGCUCACGGGACGGACCCAUCAAUUGCGCGUCCAUUGUGCCGCCGUGGGAUUCCCCAUUGUCGGAGAUCCUGUCUAUGGUCUCUACGGAGAAUCGGCGUUUGCCGGGGGAUUGCAGCAUAAUCGUGUGGAAAUUGUUGGAAAGAAUACUGAUAGCACUUGUCAAGAAAAGGUCGUUUGGAGGGCACCCAUCGCGUUGCAAAAGGAACUGCUACGAGUGCAUCCACCCGACGAAACGUACAUGUGUUUGCAUGCCAAACGAUUGGGGUUUCCACAUCCAGUCACAGGAAACGAAAUGGAGUGGCAAGUGCCUCCCAAAUUUUGA